UCUAUCUAUUUCCCCCAGACCUUAGCUAUGUCCCCCCAGCCGCUUCAACUAAUAAUCUACCCCUCCCCACUCUUCGCCGCCCAUUGGGCGCUCUUCCUCCCUUCCCCCAGUGAUCCCAACCAGAAAGCCGGAACACGCAUCCAUGCCGACGGCAGUCCAGCGUCUGGCUUCGAAGUCAUCUUUGAAUCCGAGUACGAUCUAAAUGACUGCACGCAAUCGUACCGGAUCAUUAAUUUGGGGGAAAUUGAGGCUGCAGAGGUAGAGAAAGCGGCAAGGGUGGUAGAGGCACCGAAGAAGACUUUAGUCGCAACUAGUGUUGGUGGAGAGGGUCCGCGGCGAAGAGUCGAGUUAAAGAAUUGUCAGACGUGGCUUAGGGACGUUGUAGAGAAGAUUGUGGAGAAUGGAGCGCUUGGGGAGGAGGUGAUGAAGAUUUUGGAUAGUGCGCCGAAGAAUUGAAUGAGAGGAUUCGAGGGGGGCGAUCUCACUUUAAACGGAGUGGCUACAUAUUUGGAACCGCACCUGUAGGAAAGAUACCGCUUUCCUUUGGACGCUUGACUCGGUUUCGAGAACGGCGAAGUGAAUGCCUACUCUUCCGACUCAUUAAAAACGCUCUAAUCCG